AUGAGGCAACUGAGGGAAGCUUGGGACAAUGGCUGGAGGACUAUGACAGCGGCGAUCCCUCCCGCGGGGGUUGCUGCCGAGCCACCCUGGGAUAUCCGAGGCUUGAUGAAUGAGCUGCGGCUGUUGGAGGCUGCUCUUCAGGAGGGCCGAGGGGCAACUCUUGGCUCGACGACUGAGUUGCAGCUGCUGGUGGCUGCUCUUCAGGAGAAUGGAGGGGCAACUCUUGGUUCGAUGGAUGGAUUGCAACUGCUGGCGAACGCUCUUCUGGAGAGUCGAGAGGCAACUUUUGGCUUGAUGAACGAGGUGCGGGACCUGGCGGCCAAAGUUCAGGAGCCUACCGAGGAGAUUCACGAACUAAUCAUUCGUUCUAACACCCGGCGCCCAGUGAAGUUGCUCAUCAAGAUCCAGAGAGACGACCGCCUCUCUCUUGUCAACUCGUUUGGCAGGACUCCUGCCGCAGCCCUGGCACGAGAAAGGAUACAGGCAAUAUCCAGUUAA